AUGGAUGAUCAUGAGAAACUGGUCCAAGUCUCCGAGCAAGAAGUCCGAAUAGACUUCGCCCUCAACCAGAAAUGCCGCGCCAACGUCACCCUCACCUCCCUGAUCUCCACGUGUCCCGUCGCCUUCAAAGUCCAAACCUCCUCCCCUCACAAGUUCCUCGUGAAGCCCCCCACCGGCGUCAUCCCUCCCUCAUCCUCCGCCACCUUCCAGGUCAUCCUCAAGCCCCAGCCCCACCUCCCUCCCUCCUUCCCCCGCUCCCCCUCCGACCGCUUCCUCAUCAAGGCCGCCCGCCUCCCCCACCCCUCCGCUGACGUUAACGCCUUCUUCAAGGGGCCCCGCCGCACAAGCGAUUUGAAACUGAAAGUCGCGUUUGUGGGGCCCGUGCUGCUGAAGCACGCCGUGCGCGGCGGGGAUUUGGAGGCGGUGAGGAAUAUUAUCAGGAGGCAGAGGACGGUGCUGGCGGAGAUGCGGCCCGCCGAGGCGGAGGAGCUGCUGAGAGUCGCGACGGGGCUGGACGAGCCGGAGAGGAUGAUUAAUUUGCUGCUGGAGGCCGGGUUGAGGAUCGAGGCGGCGGGUGUGAGGAGAGAUGCGGUGGAUGAGCGGCGCGUGGCGGAGGCUUCUGAUCGGUUUGCGAGCGUUUUGGGGUUGAGAGAGGCUGGACCGUCGAAAGGGGAAGGAAUCAGGUUAUCUAAAGAUCACGGGCGUCGACGGGUGGGUACUGGCAGUGAUUUGCAGAAGCUAGAAUUGGGGGAAAAACUGUUGAUGGCAGCGCGAAUCGGGGAUUUGAGAGAUGUUGAACUGUUGUUUCUCGAAGGAGCAGAUAUUAGCUACUGUGAUCAAUAUGGCUUGACAGCUCUUCACGCGGCGGCCAUUAAAGGGCACAAGGAGGUUGUUCAGAUGCUGGUCGAAUUCGGGCUAGACUUGGAAUCCAGAGACGGGGAAGGCCAUGCGCCGCUGCAUCUGGCAGUUGUGGGGGGUAACUUGGAGACGGUUGAGAUGUUGAUACAGAAUGGGGCUAAUGUCAAUGCUAAGAGCAAGAGUGGGGCUACUCCUUUGUACAUGGCCACAGCUAUGGGGUAUGAUGAUAUCAUUGAGUUUCUUAUCAGCAGAGGCGGCUGA